AUGAGCGCUUCUCCGCGGAAGGAGGCGCCGAUCUCCCGCAAGCAGCGGCUCAUGGCCGCGGUGGCGUCCGGGGACGAGGGUGCGGGGCCCUCGGCGGCGGCGGCGAGGAGCCGCUGCUGCCCGCCCGCGCCCGCGUCCCCGGCCGCCUCCUGCCCCCCCUCCGCCUCCUCCUCCGCCUCCACCGCCGCCGCCGCCGCGGCGCUCUGCUGCUUCAUCUGCGGCGGCGGCAUCAGCCGGGGCAAGGAGCUGCGGCUGCAAGUGCGGGCGGCCCGCGGCAACCAGCCCUUCUUCCCCUUCCUGCAGCACCAGGAGCCGGCGCCCGGCGCGCGGGAGGUGAGCGCCGAGGGCUGCGCCCUGGUCUGCGCCGUCUGCCGCUGCUUCCUGGCCGAGCAGUGGGACGCCUUCGAGCGGGCGCGGACGCCGGUGGAGAAGCGCAUGUACUGGCUCAAGCGGCCCUACCAGUGCGAGGGACCCGCGGCGGCGGCGGCGGCGGCGGCGGGGGGCGGCGGGCUGCGCCGGGCGCCGCAGGAGUGGAACCUCGCCUACGCGCUGGGGACGGACGACGAGCGCCGGCCCGGCAGCAGCCCCGACGGCGCCCGAGGAGCGGCCGCAGCGGCGCCGGCCAACGACUCCUCGCUCUCCUCGCUCUCGGACGCCGAGACCUGGUCGGAGACCGAGCCGCGCUUCCCCGCCGCGCCGCCCGGCCCCGAGGAGCGGAAGAGGCCGGGCGCGCAUCUGUCCGCUCGGCCCCGCCAGGGGAGCCAGCUGCGGCCGCCCCCGGAAGAGGCGGCGGGGGCGGCCAUCCCCUUUCACCCGGGGAACGGGCUGCCACUGGCUCCGAAGCCUCGCAGGAAGCGGCAGCGGCCGGUGCGGCGCCGGCCGAGCGGGGAGCCUCUUUGGAGCGCGGCCAUGGACGGCUUGGGACGGUCGCGGGCGUCGCAAGCCGGCUUGGAAGCCAGGCGAGCGGAGGGGGCGGCGGGCGAGCGGGCCCGGCCGCCGUCGGACCGCUGCUCGUCGGAGGAGAGCGAGAUCAACAUCACCAGCGACGAGGAGCCCUGGACGGCGCCCAGCAACGGCGGCGGCGGCGGCAGCAGCAGCAGCACCGGGGCAGCCUCGGCGAGGGGGGCCGGCCUGGCCUGCUUCGUCUGCGGCUGCCCGCUGACUCCGGCCUCGCAGCACCGCAUCCACGUGCAGAAGCAGGAGCGAGCCUCGCGGGCGCCCUUCUUCCCCUUCCUCUGGCUGCACAGCCCGCCGCCGGGCGCCCUCCCGCUCAGCCCCGCGGGCAGCGCCCUGGUCUGCCCGGCCUGCCACGCCUCGCUCAUGCAGCAGUGGCACAGCUUCGAGGGCGCCGACGUGCCCGUCCUGCAGCGGCUCUACGUGGUGCCCCUGGCGGCCGCCCAGCCCCGCAGGGUCGGGCUGCCCAGAGAGGAAGGGCCUCCGGGGGCGCCGCUGCCCCGCUCGCCGGAAGCCUGCUACCUCUGCGGGGAGGACUGCACCCAGGACUGGCGCCCCGUCUCGGCCAAGGCCCCCAACGGCAGCUCCAAGGCGGCCAUGCACUUCCCCUUCCUCAGCCGCCUGCCCUGCCCGCCACGUGCCAAGGGGCCCGACCAACGCUGCCAGGUGCACAGCUGCCCCCGCUGCUACCUGGUGCUGCAGGACCUGUGGGCCACCUACCGCGCCUGUGGAAACGAGCAAUGCAUCACUUCCGCGCAGAGCUUCCUGGGCAGGUACCAGCAGGUUUUCGCUGCUGUUGGGGAGGCCGAGGCCGCGGCCAGGACCCCAAGCUUGACCCAGACAGGCCUGGCCUCCAGCUGCUACGUCUGUGGUGCCCAGCUGGGCCCUGGUAAGGAGUUCCAAGUCAGCGUCAACCCUCCUGCCAGCCGCUUUGGCGAAAAGGAGCCCUUUUUCCCUUUCCUGGCCGUGUAUCCGCCGGCUCCGCGGGCCAGGCCAGCCGAUGCCACCGGGAUCGUGGCCACCUGUGUGCUCUGCUACCAUGACCUCCUGGCCCAGUGGCUGCAGCACGAACAGGGCAGUGUCCAGCACCCCAGCAGCGCCUGGUCCCGGCAGUACAAGGUGGACACCUUUGCUUGCUUCUUCUGCCGGCAAGAGAAGAAACGGCACCUUGGAUUAAGAGCGGUGCCGGUGACCCGGCUGCCCAUCUUCCUGGGCUCCUUCCGGGGACCAGGGACCCUGCUGGUGGAUGACGGCAAGCGGCUGACCAUCGGCGCUUGCCCAGAAUGCGCCGUGGUGGUGCUGGCAGGCAAAUCGGCCGUGACCAGGGAUCUUUUGGCUUUGCCCGUAACUGCACCUCUGCCUCUCCAAAAG